AGACGAUUUGCUUCUCUCAGGCACCGACUGAGCUCGUUCUCAUCAUGUGUGUCUACAAAUCGCACUUUGAGGACUCUUUUUUCCCCUUUUCACUCUGGACUUUAAUCCUGUGCUCGGCUUUCAUCGUCAGGACUCCUGUUCAAGGUGAGGUUCUGGUGAUUGGUUCAAAUCUUCCAAUCAUCGCCGCUUCGGGUGAUGAUGUCAUCCUGCCGUGUCACCUGAAGCCCAGGUUCGAUGUCCAGGGUCUGACGGUGGAGUGGUCCAAACCGGACCUGAAGCCCGACCCGUCAGACCGGCUGAGCCGAGUGGAGUACGUUCACCUGUACAGGGACAGGCAGGAGGUCCCCGACAUGAAGAUGGCCUCGUACUUCAGGAGGACGGAGCUGUUCAUGGACGCCAUGAAACACGGGAACAUUUCACUGAAGAUCCUGAACGUGUCGGAGGAAGACAACGGCAGAUACAGAUGCUUCAUCCCCAAGCUGAGGAGCAGAGUCAAGUCUGCAAUCGUUGAACUUGUAGUCGAUCCAAAAUAUGCUAAGACCUCUACGACAGAGAGUCCGGUGUAUCCUAGAAACUUCCAAACUCCAGAUCCUCGUGACGUGUCUCCAAGAAAUAGUCGGUCCAGGGUCUUUCUGGUUGUCGUAGUUACUGCCUUCGUGUCGGUUGUGGCUGUCACUGCGUAUUUCUCUCACCGUCAAACAAAAUAAGCAUCAAGGUGAUGAAGUGACCCAAACCAACCAUAACAAUUCCAGGUGCUCAAAGGAGGGUUGGUGUUAAUGGACCUGAGAGCGUUGGAGAUUUAUCUUUUCUGGCUCUGCUGGAUCCUUAUGGUCAGGGUGGAGGUUCAAACCAGCAGCCACAGGAAGACACUUGGCCCAGCAGCACUGAGACCCAUCAUAAGGUCACUUCUAUAAACGAAGUCUGAUUUAAACUUCGACCUCAGGUGAAGACUCAAGUGUUGUAUGAGAAAAAACACAGCGUGGGAAAUCUGGAAAUCUAACAGUAAAUAUAUGAAACAAGCCACAUGUAGGUUAUUCUUUAAAUUGGAUUCAGAUCCAGUGAAGUAGCCAGUCUAAAACCAGUGGUUAAAUUCUUUUCCAUUCCUUGUCAGCAACAUUAUUUUGAUCUAACCCUAAUAAGUGUUUAAAAACCAACAUUUACACUGGGGUAAUGCCAAGCAGCAGUCCCCAGGGGUGAAAAUGCCCAAAACUGCAGUUCAUCUACUCAAGUCAGCCCUCACAGACUGUCAUGUUAAAACCCAGCAGAAAUGCACGUCUUCAUAGCCAGCUACAAAAACAGUUUAAAUUUCUAUGGAUGUGUUCCUCCUCUAUAGUUGUACACUAGUUGAAUAUUUCUUGCAACUUUUAACUUUUGAGUUCAAAGGCUCAAAGGAGGAUGUGCCAGCAGAGAUGUCCAAGCUUCACCUCUUUGUAGUAGUGAUGUGGUUUGUGGCUCAGCUGCAGGGGAGGGGUGGAGCAGUGGGUUCAGGGUGUGGUGAUCUGGAUGAGAGACUAGAGGCUAGUUUGAAUCAUGUCGUUUCAGGUUUGUUCUUUGGUUCAUCUCUUUCACCCUCUUUGUACUUUCUUUUUUCACUUGUAGCUCUCUGUCAAACACUGGAGGACUGCUUGGACUUCAUUAGAGAACUGAAGUUCAGUCUGCAGAUCAACACUUAGCCGGAUAAAGAGCAUUAUUUAUUACUGUCAGGUUUAAUGUUCUCAUUUAUUUAAAUUGUACAUCUUGCUGGUCAAGGUCACCUUGAAUCCUUCAGUGAGGCUUCUGAAUGACCUCCAAUGGACAAAUUUAAUCUCCUAGGACCUGGCAUCACAUUUUGGGUUAUUUUGAACAAAAUACUCAAUUUUGCUUUACAAGGGCCUGAUAUUCACUUACAACGACAUUAUA